UCAUGCUGCUGCCAGGUCCAGAGUCUCUCAUGGGUCCCUGUACGGCCUCCCAUUGCUGCUGUCUCCAUCGCCACACUCUGCCAUGUGCCACUUUCAGGUCUCCUCACACUGCUGGUGGGUUCCAUUUUUUGUCAUAGGGUGCUGGCAGAUUACGGGCCUCCCAUAGCUGCUGCCAGGCCCCUAAUCUGCCAUGGGCCCCUAUACCCGCCUCCUCAUGCUGCUGCCAGGUCCAGAGUCUCUCAUGGGUCCCUGUACGGCCUCCCAUUGCUGCUGUCUCCAUCGCCACACUCUGCCAUGUGCCACUUUCAGGUCUCCUCACACUGCUGGUGGGUUCCAUUUUUUGUC